UAUCUUUAACAAUAUGUCCAAAAAACACAAAGGUACUUUGGCAGUAAUCGAACAGAUCUAUCAGGAUAUACCGGCCUUUACGGAUAUAUUCACGGAAGAGUCGUUUUAUACGUUUGCGUUUUGUUUUGUUUGCGGCACUAUUCUAGUGGCCUUCAUAUUAUCUAGAUUUAUAACAAUAAAACCAGUUGACAUAUAAGUUGAAAUCCCAAAGAAACACUAAUUUAAAUAACUACCAAAAAAAUAAAAUGAAAUGAUAA